CAUGUGAGUGCUGUUAGCGUCCUCUCCUUUCGUACCGCCGUGUAGAGGAGAUUACUACAAAUUUUGGCGACGAGGUGGUUAACCGUAGUUCUCUCCGCGUCUCGGUGCACUGGCCGUGAGAGCCGACGCGAUUUUUUUUUUCUUCUUCGAUCCAUUUCGUUUCACUUGGAACACGUUCCAUGGCUAGUCAGAAUGGGCCCUGACAGCUGCUUCCCUUCAGCAUGCGUCUCGUGACAACGUAAGAUGUGAGUUUGCACUGUUUUUGCAUCGUUUCCUACAACCUUCUACAACAUAUAUAUAAUGGAUAAUGGAACACAGCCUCCUGUAGCUGCCGGCACGUCAGCGCUCGCGCCGGUUCCAUCACCGCCCGACUUCUUGCCAGUUCCGGGCAAGCCCGAGCGUGCAUGGCCCGCGUGGAAACGUGCUUUCUUGAUGUUCCUUGAGGCGUCCGGCUUGGACAGUGUUGCGCCUAGUCGAAAAAAGGCGAUCUUGUUUUCCAUGCUUGGGGCUGAGGGCCAGAGAAUUGUUGACGCUUUUCAGCUCGAUGAGACUCCCGCUUCCGAGGAAGGCGAUGUUUUUGAAGUCUUUUUGAGUGCUAUCGAGAAGCACUUUGAGUUUUCUGGGUGUAUCGCGCUGGAACGCCAAAAGCUUCGCGCUCGCGUCCAACGCCCGGGAGAAACCGUCUCGGAGUACUUGACCGCUCUGCGACGCCAAGGGUCUUUUUGUUCUUAUGGAGACGCUUUGGAAGAGAGGCUUGCUGAGAUAUUUUUGGAGGGGUUGGACUCUAAGCGGGUCCAAGACCGCAUCCUUCGAGAGUGUGUAGGGACGGGGGUACCCACUUUAACCCGUGUCGUUCAGCUCGCGCUGCAGUACGAGCAACUUGCGCGCGCCACAGAAAGCUUUCACCUGCAAGCUAACAGUGCUAGCGGUGCGGCGCCGGCAGCCGUUGAACGCGUCUUUGCGCACGUGCCCAUUGGAACGCCGGACGUCCAAGAUGGAGGUCCAUGGCCGGCUCCUUCCCGAAGUCGGUGGCAAGAUGGCCGGUCCGGCGUCACUUCCAGCCACGCACGGAGAUGA